AUGAGCAGCCCCGUUAAAGAAGAAGAGAAUGCCACAAUUGGAGUGAAAGCGGAGAAGCCAUACUUGGUUCCAACUGAUGGAAAUAAUACUAGUGCAGAAGGCAGCAGCAAGACGGAAGACUCAAGCACUAAUAAUGUGGCAGAAAAGUCUGAUCUUGAGAGUAAAUCUGCUAGCCCUGUAGAAGAUGGGCAAUUAGAUGACGCAAAUGUGAAGUAUGAUGAGGAUGGAAUGCCGAUACCCAGUGGAAUUGAAGAUGUUAAGGAAGAAGACCUUAAAGAAACAGGAGAGACAUUAGACUUGAAUUUAAAAGACACUGAAGACCCAAUUUGGCUUGUCAAGUUAACGCCACAGCUUGCAAGACUAUGGAAAGAGAAAGAUCUAAUGAAUGGGCAGGAAUUGGGACAGAUAAAGAUACAAAAAGGUACGACGCCGCCCAAAAUCUUCUUGAAACUUAACGAUAAGAUUCCAGAAGAAAAGGCACUUGACCAGGAAUACCAGCUAAGACUUACAAAGAAAGUUGUGAACAAUGAAUACAUAUUUAGCGAGACUGAAUUUGACCAUUUCAAGCACAGACUUCUCUACCGAACACAAGUGGUUGAUAUGCCAUACCAGCCAAAGCUGAGAAGUCUGAAUAAGGAGGCUUUAAAUCAUGCAGCCACGUGGACAAGAAGAACAAAAGUUUACAGGAGAAGGCAGCCGGAUUCUGGAAUGGGAACAACGCGGUCCGACAAGUAUGUGAAGAAAAACAAGUCGAAAUUUAAACGUUUUGUUCCAUAUGCGAAGACGAUUCCAAAAAAGACCAAGAUGGUGGGUAAAGUUGUUCAUGAGUGCCAAGUGAUUCCAACAAAGUUAGUUUCAAACAACAAGUUAAAGUUGGCGGCUCAGAAGAGGUUCUUGACUAACAUGGUUAAGAGAAAGCAUAUUAAUUAUUUGAAAAAUGUCGACACAGGUAUAUUGCAGGGAAAAGCUGGACCAAACAUACACACAGGAUCUACUAUUACCCUUUCGAGAGAGCUUGCUGCUAAGAGAGAGGCUGCCAAGACUGAAGGCCGUGCUUCCCGUAUGGACAAGAAGGCUUUGAUGAAGGUGCUUUUCGAAUUGUUUGAUAAGUACGAUUAUUGGACGAUGAAGGGAUUGAAGGAGAAGACUAACCAGCCGGAAGUGUACUUGAAGGAGUGUCUUGAGAACAUUGCCGUUAUGGAGAGACGCGGACCUUAUGCCUUAAAGUACAGGUUGAGGGAUGAGUACAAGAAAAGUAGAGAAGUGGAAAGGAAAGUUCAGCAGGGACUUUCUUUGGACGAAGUGGAGGAAGAGGAGAGAAAGAGGGCACAGGAGGCUGAUGAUGCUGCUGAUGAGGAAGAUGAGGAUGUAGAGAUGGAGGAUGUUGCAAAGUUGUGA